ACUACCCCAACUACAACAACCACUACACCAACUACAACAACCACUACCCCAACUACAACAACCACUACCCCAACUACAACAACCACUAUCCCAACUACAACAACCACUACCCCAACAACAACCACUACCCCAACAACAACAACCACUACCCCAACUGCAACUACCACUACCCCAACUACAAUAACCACUACCCCAACUACAACAACCACUGCCCCAACUACAACAACCACUAUCCCAACGACAACAACAACUACCCCAACUACAACAACCACUACCCCAACGACAACAACCACUACCCCAACUACAACAACCACUACCCCAAUGACAACAACCACUACCCCAACUACAACGACCACUACACCAACUACAACAACCACUUCCCCAACGACAACAACCACUACCCCAACUACAACAACCACUACCCCAACUACAACAACCACAACCCCAACCACCACGACCCCAUCCACAACAACCACGACCCCAACUACAACAACCACAACCCCAACCACCACGACCCAAUCAACAACAACCACGACCCCAACGACAACAACAACUACCCCAACUACAACAACCACUACCCCAAUCACAACAACCACUAUCCCAAUUACAACAACCACUACCCCAACUACAACAACCACUACCCCAACUACAACAACCACAACCCCAACCACCACGACCCCAUCAACAACAACCACUACCCCAACUACAACAACCACUGCCCCAACUACAACAACCACGACCCCAACUACAACAACCACUACCCCAACUACAACAACCACAACCCCAACCACCACGACCCCAUCAACAACAACCACGACCCCAACGACAACAACAACUACCCCAACUACAACAACCACUACCCCAACCACAACAACCACUACCCCAACGACAACAACAACUACCCCAACUACAACAACCACUACCCCAACCACAACAACCACUAUCCCAAUUACAACAACCACUACCCCAACUACAACAACCACUACCCCAACUACAACAACCACUACCCCAACAACAACAACCACUACCCCAACCACCACGACCCCAUCAACAACAACCACGACCCCAACGACAACAACAACUACCCCAACUACAACAACCACUACCCCAACGACAACAACAACUACCCCAACUACAACAACCACUACCCCAACCACAACAACCACUAUCCCAAUUACAACAACCACUACCCCAACUACAACAACCACUACCCCAACUACAACAACCACUACCCCAACCACAACAACCACUACCCCAACGACAACAACAACUACCCCAACUACAACAACCACUACCCCAACCACAACAACCACUAUCCCAAUUACAACAACCACUACCCCAACUACAACAACCACUACCCCAACCACAACAACCACUACCCCAACGACAACAACAACUACCCCAACUACAACAACCACUACCCCAACCACAACAACCACUAUCCCAAUUACAACAACCACUACCCCAACUACAACAACCACUACCCCAACUACAACAACCACUACCCCAACAACAACAACCACUACCCCAACAACAACAACCACUACCCCAACUGCAACUACCACUACCCCAACUACAAUAACCACUACCCCAACUACAACAACCACUGCCCCAACUACAACAACCACGACCCCAACUACAACAACCACUACCCCAACUACAACAACCACAACCCCAACCACCACGACCCCAUCAACAACAACCACGACCCCAACGACAACAACAACUACCCCAACUACAACAACCCCUACCCCAACCACAACAACCACGACCCCAACGACAACAACAACUACCCCAACUACAACAACAACUACCCCAACUACAACAACCACUACCCCAAAUACAACAACCAAAACCCCAACAACAUCCACAACUACAACUACUGCCCCAACAACAACAACCACUACCCCAACAACAUCCACAACUACAUCAACAACAACCACUGUCGCAACAACAACUACUGCCGCAACAACAACAGCAACCACUUCCCCAACAACA